AAAAAUAAUAAGUAUUUUCUGUUUGUCUUGAUCAAUUUAUUUUAUUUUAAUUCUUAUUAAUUAUUUAAUUGGUGUGUUGCUUGUUUUUAUAUAAUAAUUUAUUUAAUUGAUUGUGUAACCAUUUUUGGUUAAUAUCCGCGUCUAUUAGUGGAAAAUGUUUUAUUCCGUUUUUGUGCUCGGUAAAAAGGGUCCCCUUGCUCGGGUUUGGUUGGCUGCUCAUUGGGACAAAAAGAUUACUAAAGCUCAAAUAUUGGAGACAAAUAUUGUUGAAUCAGUUGAUUCUAUUCUUCAACCUCGUGUUAAAUUAUCUCUUCGAACAUCUUCACAUCUUCUACUUGGUAUUGUGCGUAUUUAUGCUAGAAAAACUCUUUACCUUUUACAAGAUUGUCAGGAUGCUGCUUUCAAAAUAAAAUCUGCUUUCAGGCCUGGAGCUGUUGACUUGCCUGAUGGUAAAACAGAGGCUGCAAUUUCUGCCAUCACUCUUCCCGAGAUGUUGGAUUUUGUAAAUGAUUUUGAUCUACUUGCUGAACAACCAGUUCAAAUUGAACCUCUUCAAACCAAUACCAAUAUUCGUAGUAUUACUCUAGUUGAAGAUAUUGCUAGUAUGCCUGUUGAUGUUCCUCUCUUUGGUGAAGGUAAAGAUUGGAAUGAGUUUAGCUCUAUUCAAGUGUCCAGUGCUUCAAAGAUGAGUGAUUCAUCAAUUUUAGAUAUAAGUCAAAAACAAACAUCACAUCCUUUGGAUAUUUUUGAUCGACCUACAAUUGAUGAUGGUUUUGGUGGUCCCGUUGGUUUGACUGAUGUAGAUGAUAUGUUUGCCUUACCUGUCCCUCCUGAAGCACAACAACAGAUGCAAGCAGAGGCUGAUGCAGCCGAAGAAAGAGAAAAAGGAGAAGAACCAGAAAGACCUUUAUCCAGAUUAAGUGAUAGAAGUGAUAGAUCUAGCAUGUCAUAUGGAGCUCCACCUUCUAUUGCACCUUCUGGACCAUCAUCUCCCGGUUCUCCACCUCCCAUGAUACCCCAAGAUCAAGAUAUUCAAGAUAUUCAAGAUAUUGCACCAAUAAUUGAUGAAAAUCCUGUACCUAGUGAAGAUAAACAAGGAAUUGAUGACCUACAAGGACCAGAGGACCCAGAGGCAAUAAGAGCAGAACAGAGUAUCUUCCGAAGACCAGAAACACAGCAAGAAUCAAUGGUUCUAGAGCCCUUAGAGGGACCUGGAUUCGAGAGGAAACGUAAAAGGCGAAAGAAGCUUGGAAUUAUUAUCGAUGAAGUUAAAACUUUAUCCGGUGAAGAGAUGAAAUCUCAACUUUCAGAUACUUCCGAUAUUGUCACAACCUUGGACAUCGCUCCUCCGACCAAAAAGUUGAUGCACUGGAAGCGAACUGGUGGUAGUGAAAAACUAUUCGCACUCUCUGAAAAACCCAUUCCAUCUAAAGUUUUAUUAGUCUAUUAUACUCGACAUCUUGUUACAACUCGUAUCUCAGUUGAAGAAGAAUUACCUGAAGAUAUGAUUCAAGAAUCAAAUAUGGAAGAACAGCAACCUCAAGAAGAACUUCGAGAUAUGCAUGAGCAUGUACAAAAAGAACAACCUGAAGAAUUGUAUGAACCUAUUGUUCCACCAAUUUCACCCCUUAAAGAAAUUCAACCUCCCAAAACCCCAAGAACACCGAGGAGAGAGGCAACAGAACAUAAAUCUCCAGUCAAAAAGAAGAGGAAAACCGCCGAUGAACGGGAAACAGAGAAAAAAGAGCGAAAUAAAUCAAAAGCCGUUUCACAUGAACCUCCCGCCGAAAAAUUACCAAAUAAUAUUCCAGACCAUAUCAACGAUACAGAUCUCUCUGAGUUAAGAGAAGGUUCCAUCCAAAGCCCAGAAAGAGCAGGAAAUUUACCAAGUUUCUCAUUCGCUCGAUCAAGCAAUCCCUCAAUUCACCAGAACGACUUUGAAGAAGAUGAACCUUUCGACCAAUACGAACAACCAAUGUCUGUAGGACCGCCCGAGGAAAUGAUGCCUGAUGAAACAGCGGAGCAAUAUGAAGAACGUAUGAGAAAUAAGCGAACCAAUGUUCUUCUUCGUUUGAUGUCCAAACAAUUAGAAGAUGGAGGAACAUCAUUCGGUCGAUUAGUGUCUCACAAUAGACGUAAACAAGUUGCACAGAAAUUUUUCUCUCUUCUGGUCCUUAAAAAGCAACAAGCAGUCGAACUGACGCAAGACAUAUCAGUUCCAUACGGAGAGAUCGCAAUCUCUAAAGGUUAUCGUUAUGAUGAAGCAUUAGCGGCAUGUGCUUCGUAAAAGAAGCAAAAAGUUAAUCGCACACAAUUUAUUCAUAAUUAACAAUUUCCCCACAAACAAGCAAACAAAAACCAAUCCAAUUAACUUACUUCCUUCAUCACAAACAAAUGGACUAGGAUCACAUUGAUUGAUAUCUUCACUUUUUUUUACUAACCAACCUAAUAUCAAACAUUUAAGCAUCAAAAGUGUUCAUCUUUUGAUUAAUCACAUCGUCUGUAUAAUAAGUAAUACACAACAUUGUAACCUAACAUUGUCAAAAUAAAAGAAACAACCAAACAAAAAUCAAACAAAA